GAUUUCGAAGACCUUGACAUGGCCAACGAGACGGACACACUGGGCGAGUUCCUCAAACUCACAGACGAAGAGAAGAAGAGCAUCAAGAUCGGGAUCACGAGUCUCUUACCCGAAGAGAGAGCCAAGCAACAGCAGGAGGGGGAGAAGAUGACCAAUGGCGUGUCAGCCAGUCGAGAGGCUGAGGUGAACGAGGUACCAGCUGCCGCAACUGAGUCCACCACAGAAGACAAAGGGUUGAGAGAAACGGAAGAUGUCAGUGGAAUGGUGAAUGAGGAACCAGCGGCAGAAGGUGUUGAUGCAGAAGUGAUCUCCGAAGAGUUGAAAGAAGAGAAAGUCGAAGGGAUGGAGGCUGCUGGUGAGGUUGAGGAAGAGAAGGAGAAAGAGAAGGAGAAAGAGGAGGAGGAAGGAGAGGAAGAGGAAGAGGAAGAAGAAGAGGGAGAAGAGGAAGGUGAGGCAGGAGAAGCAGACACAUCAACGAAAGUCAAAGAAGUGGAAGAGGAGGAAGCCGAAGCAUAGAGAUGAUCAUAGACCUUAAGACAAAACCUACAUUAAGCCUGCCAGUCACCAAUCAGACAUGAUGAAAGGGAAAGUAGGAGACAGCCAGUGGUACACAUAUUAGUGAUCCAUCAAUGCAGUAAAAGGCAACAAGAGGAGAAUCUUACUACCUAGAUUGAGCCCAUACCGUUGAUCAACAUUUAAUUUUUUUUGUUUUGUUUUUGUAAGUAAGAUGACUAUUUGGCUAGCAACAGAGCAUUUUGAAUACCACUGCCAACAAGCUGCUCACAGCCAACUCCUUGUAUGGUGAAGAUAAAGAAUGAAAAGAAAAGAAAGAAAAUUACUGCAUUCUAAGAUAGGUUAUAUAAAACUACCAACCCUUUCUCUAAUGACUUCAUUCACAAGCCCAUUUCAACCAUGUUCCUAUACUUUACAUGACAAAUCAUAUUGCCUGGGUGUGUCCUGGAGCCGAAAAUUGCCAACUCAGUUUAAGAAAAAACAAAUAAACCAAAAAAAAAAAAAAAAGCGAAA